AUGGACAGUGAAGAAAUCCCAACUUUUUCAAGUCCAAAGGAAGAAACUGCGUAUUGGAAAGAGCUUUCCUUGAAGUACAAACAAAGCUUCCAGGAAGCUCGUGAAGAGCUGGCUGAAUUUCAAGAGGGAAGCAGAGAAUUAGAAGCUGAGUUGGAGGCACAGCUAGUGCAAGCUGAGCAGAGGAAUAGAGAUUUGCAAGCAGAUAACCAAAGACUGAAGUAUGAAGUGGAAACGUUAAAGGAGAAACUGGAGCACCAGUAUGCACAAAGUUACAAGCAAGUGUCAUUGUUAGAGGAUGACCUCAGCCAGACGAGGGCUAUUAAGGAUCAGCUGCACAAGUAUGUGAGGGAGCUGGAGCAGGCCAACGAUGACUUGGAACGUGCAAAGAGGUGA